AUGGAGCCACGAGAAAGCCUUGACGAUGAGGGCGCGCCUCCCCAGGCAUAUCGCGACGACGAGACUGCGAACACUUCUUCUGCCGAGCCUGCCGACGUACCCGCCAACUCCGAGACAUCCGGCGAGGAGUACUAUAGCCCACAAGAGCCCUACUACACCAGUAAAUACAUUCCACCGCGGUUGCAACGUACAUGGAACAAUGUUGUUGUAUGGGUCAAGGGUCCUCAGCCACCACGACCGUGGAAGAUACAUCCCUUCUUUCCCAAGAUACAGACUGCGCCGAUCCAGUUGUUGAACAACUACUUCCCAGAGCGAAGACAGAAGAUUGCCCUGCUAGUCUUUUUCUACUUCUGCUGGCUCCUCACUUUUGGAUUGGUCCUGCAUCGUAGCGCGUUCGCAGCAGACAUACCGGGAUACGGAAGCCCAGUGCGCAUACGGUGUACAGAUCGCUUCUGGAGCGAUGGCAAUGGUUGCGGGCUAAAUGGGGAUCUCUGCCGGCCCUUCGAGAACAGUACCAUGCCGUUCCGUUGCCCGGCAAACUGUAGGCGCGAGCAAUUGCUGAAUCCACAUGCUGUUGGUGACAAGAACGUAAAUUACCGUCAACUCGUUAUUGGUGGACCCACCGACGAGGAAGAGACACUGGAAAACACAUACUACCGUGCUGAUUCUUUCAUCUGCGGAGCGGCUAUUCAUGCUGGUUUUAUAAACGACGCGUCCGGUGGUUGCGGAGUUGUUGCGCAGGUUGGUGAGAAGAACGAGUACCCCAGCGUGAACAGGAGGCAUAUUAAGAGUAUUGGCUUUGACUCUUAUUUCCCACGGUCCUUCUCCUUCCUGUCUGGUACACAAGCCAAAUGUCGCGACCUGCGGUGGCCACUGCUAGGCGUGUCGCUAACUUUUACCAUCCUGUUGUCUUUGUUCACAACAUCGCCAUCCGUCUUUUUCUCCUCCAUCUUCUUUGGUGUCUUCUUCCACGUUGCGCUUGCAUCAGACCCACCAAACCUUACCGACUACUACUCCAUCAUCAGUAUUGCCUUGGGGCGCUUUCUUCCGGCAUCAUUCUGCAUGUAUGCCGUCUACCAAUUUGCGGUGCGUCGUCAACUGCAAGGCCUCCACGCACAGGUUGAGAAAACCAUCCUUUGGCUUGGAGGAUGUUGGAUCGGCGCUUUAAACAACUACACGUUCGACAAGAUUCCUAUCGAGCGCCUCACACCACACGACAUCAAGAAUCAGCCAGGUGCCAUUCCAGCGCUGAUCAUUAUCGUCCUUAUCUUGUUCACCAUCGCCCUGGGACAAGCCUGGUCGUUCCGUGUCGAGGGUCGCCUGCCGCGCUACCUCGCCAUCUAUGGUGCUCUGGUCGGAGGCAUUCUUGCGCUUGUUGCCAUCCCAAAGAUGAAUGUUCGCAUCCACCACUAUAUCCUCGGCUUGCUACUUGUUCCUGGUACAUCUAUGCAAACACGUCCAUCUUUACUCUUUCAAGGCAUCUUGAUCGGCCUCUUCAUCAAUGGCACUGCACGGUGGGGCUUCGCCAGCAUCCUCGAGACGCCUAGUGCACUUCGCGGUGACGCACCUAUGGGCACCUUACUUCCUAUUAUUACUGCGCCAAUCAUCCACAAUAACCUGAACAUUCACCAUUUGAGACCGAAUAUCACCUUCGAUUGGCACUUCCCUUUCCCCGAACCUUAUGACGGGAUAAGUAUCUUGGUCAACGAUGUGGAAAGGUACCAUGAAUACGCUGACCGUAUGGAGGAAAGCUGGACUUGGACUAGACACAUGGAAAAUGUCAACGAAUAUUUCCGCUUUGGAUACUUGAAAGGUGGAGGAAGAGGCGACUACACGAAAGCUGGAGUUUGGAGAGCAGAUGGUGGUUGGACGGAGAUGGCUUCUGGACCAUCUUGA